AUGCGGGAGACUGUUGGGAGAUCUCCACAGUUGCCAGAGGGACACGGUGGUGAUGUCCCCCCUUUCAAGGUGGCCCCCAAAAAGGUCCUGGCGUAUCACGUACCCAUCAUGGGGCCGUACCGUGUUCUCGAGUGGUCCAUUGUGUCGAGGAGUGAGUUGCAAGAAUGGGAGAGCAGUAUUCGAAAGUCGAUCUCUGAUGCCUGGGAGCUCGAUGAGGAGUAA